GUAAGCUUACUGUUAAACACAACACGGUGAAAUUUCAUUACACAUAUGCAACACGAGCGGUGAACUAUAUCUAUCCCUUCCUCUGUCACACAUCGACGUACUUUCAGCAGUGGCAGUGGUUCGCCUGUAAACCAGAGGUAUGUCAAGUUACAAGAAUAUAGAUGGUGUCUUUGCAGCGAACAUCUCGGACAGGGAGAGAAUAGACCGUUAUUCUCACGUAGCUUCUAACUAUGAACAGGAUGUGAUCGAGGAGGGAUACACAGCCCACGUGACCACUGCCGGGGCCAUUGGAGAAGUGUUUCCGGACGGGAGGGAUACCAAAGAGAUCCUGGAUAUUGCCGCUGGUACCGGACUCGUCGCUGAAGAGCUGAAGAAACUAGGUUUUCGCGUGAUGGACGCCUUGGAACCUUCUGAGGGAAUGAUAGAGUUGGCUACAAAGAAAGGGUUAUACCGGAAGUUAUAUAACAUGGGACUCUCCGCGGAACCUAUCCCAUUUCCUUCCGAUAAAUAUGACGCCAUUACUAUCUGUGGUUGGCAUGGCAGCGCCGCCCCCCUAGCGGCUGCAUUACCGGAGAUGGUCAGGAUCGUCAAGCCAGGUGGCUACAUCUGUAUCGUGACCAGGAUGCAUUAUAUCAAGGAAUUGCCAGACUACAAAGAAACAUUUUUAACCCAAUGUACCAAGCUGAAGGAGGACCUCAAGUGGAAGGAAAAGGAGAGUACAGGGUUCCAGGGCUAUCCCUUCAACAAUGAGGGCGUUAAAAUGGUGUUUGAAGUCUGCUGAACGAAAUCGCUAUGAUAUAUUUUCAGGUUAUUUUCGAUAAUAAGUAAAUCUCAUUUGGCAUAUCAUAUUGUAAUUUAACACUAGUGGGUUUUUUUUUGUUUUUUUUUCUUGUAACAUCAACGAGGAGUUAAAAUGGUGAAGUUUGUUGAAUGAAAUCGAUACAUCGCUAGGAAUAUAUACACAUGUACAUGUUAAUUUCAUGUAACAUAUUUUGUAUAACAUCUUGUAAUUUUACACGUUUUUUUUUCAUUCCAACAUUCACGAGGAUACCUGUCCACAUUUUAUUUGUAAGAAAGUGAUAUGAAUGUAUAAUUGAAGUGAAGGCGUUAAACGCUGUGAAAUGUUAAAUUUGAUUUUCCUUUUGAAAUAACCAUACAGGAGUGUGGUAUUUUAGUACAUUAUUCUAACAACGUUAACUCUAUCCAUUGUUUUAGGGGUCAAAUGUCAGCUGCAAUUCUAAAUUACAUAUCAAAUGUACAUUAUGUUAUGUUAAUCUGAUCAUAGGUAAUAAUUUGUCUAGAGAAUAGUGCUAUAUAUAUAUGACAUUUAGUGCAUACGCAGAUGUACUUUUGAGGGUAUGUUUCAUAUAUUUACCUAGUGUUUACUCAGAAUACAGUGUAAAAUCAUUCCGUGAUGUCAUUAUGUUUCUGUACUCAAGUCUUACAAACAAUUGUACCUCCAAUCUACAACGACUAAGUAAGAUCCGCAUGUAUCCUGGAACAUUUCCUGAUGGAAGUCCUAACGCAACCAAUAUGAUAAAUCAGAGAUUUAUUUUUACUAUCUCGUCACACUGUUUUCAAAUUCGAUGUCAAUAUAUAGGACCACGAUAGAGACGAAACAUCCUAAAAAAGUCGGUCGAGUCUAUGACCAUCUCGGUCACUAAUAUGCCACUGCUGGUACGCUUCACAUUUGACAUUAGUCUGAUGAAAGUGACAGUGUAGUCAUAUUGGUUGUGUUAUAUAAUGUUCCUUUAGCAAUAUGACAUGCGGUUGUCUUUCCAAAUACUCUGUUUUUAAUCAACCUACAAUGUAUAUUUAUACAUGUAUGUAUUCAUAUACCACUCGGUGUAAGAAUAAAUUGUGCUUGAACUGAUGACCAAUUAUUGGCAAAGUUAUCUAGCUUUAGAGGACAAGCUAUUAAUCAAUUGUAGGAAGCCACCAACAUUGUAUAAUAUUACAGAGAGUGUGUUGAAAACGUCUUUUUACCAAUAAAAAACCAUUAAAGUGAU